AUGGGUUGUGUUUCUUCGAAACUAGGUAAGAAGAAACUGAUAAGAGAGAUUCGAGUCAACAAUGGCGGCGAUCACAUUGUCUCUCUAACUUCAACUACUUACGGACAUCUCGAUCUCGAAGAAAGAUCAGAGAUUUCUCCAAAGUUACAGGAACUCACUAAAGGUGAAGACUUUGAGUCCGAAAUCAAACCGAGAAGAUCUAUUACACAGAGAGAUGAUCCAGAGAUUAUCAAUACAUGGGAGCUUAUGGAAGAUCUUGAAGAUUCAAUGCAUACACAGAGGAUUAGUCCUAAAUCUCGUGGCUUUUUCGGUAAAUCGUGGAAGACUCCAGUGAAAUCAUCGAUUUUGGAAUCUCCGAAGAGAGGUAGUAGUAGUAAGAGAUUUGUUGGGAAAGAAAACAGAGGAGGGAAUAGCUCGAGAGGUGUGAGUCCGAAUCAGAUUUUGAAGCCGAAGAACAUUUUAGAAACUCCGAAAAGAGGCGUAAUGCGUUUGAGUUUCCCUAUCAAAUCUGAGGAAUCGUCGAUGAUUACGCAGAGGAGGAAGAGUUUUAGUCCUAUGUUUGAUCCAGAUCUCGUUGCUUCAUAUGAGAAAGAGUUGUCUCAAGAGAAAGAACAGAUCAAGAUGGUGAUUUCUUCGGCUCCUGAGAUCCGAAAAACAGAGAAAACCCGUGAAUCGGAGAGAAUCCUCGAGAAUUUCCCUGAGAAAUGUCCACCGGGAGGAGAGAACUCAGUGGUUAUCUACAUUACAUCGUUAAGAGGGAUAAGGAAGACGUUUGAGGAUUGCAAUGCGGUAAGAUCGAUGUUAGAUUCACACGAAGUUCGAUUCUUGGAGCGAGAUGUGUCGAUGCAUUCGGUUUUUAAGGAAGAGAUCAGAGGCAUUAUGGGAGCUAAACAGGUGAAAAUACCUGCGGUAUUUGUGAAAGGGAGGAUGAUAGGAAGUGUUGAGGAAUUGGUGAGGUUAGAGGAGGAGGGUAAAUUGGGAAUUUUACUCGAAGGUAUGCCGGCGGCGAGGCUAGGAGGCGGUUGCUGCCGGGGAUGCGGCGGAUUGAGAUUUGUGAUGUGUGUGGUUUGCAAUGGGAGUUGCAAGGUUAUGGAUGAGGAGAAGAAGAAUAUGGUCAAGUGUUUGGAGUGUAAUGAGAAUGGUUUGGUUCUAUGUCCAAUUUGCUCUUAA